CGCCAAACGGCGGCGCGGUUUCGCCCGCCGCUCGCCGCCGGCCACGCUCGUCUGCCGCUCGCUGUCACGGCGCCCGGCUGACUGCGCCGCCGCAGCCGCGGCGACGACGACGACAUGGCUGCGAGGGGUGCGUCCUGCCGUCCCACCGCCAUCCCUGGACCCCUGCGACACCUCUUCCCUCUCCACCCGCCGGCGCGCUCGCGGCGUGUCUGCAGCCGGCGCGCGCGCGAACCUUGCACCUGAGCUGCUGAGCGUGUCUGCAACGGCCGCCAUCCGCAGCCUCACGCCAUGGGCCUCACGCACUUCAACGCCACGCUGCCGGCGGGCGUGCUGCCCGAGGACGAUGCGCAGGCGCUCGUGGGCUUCAUGCACCUGCUCUUCCACCCGGCGCUGCCCCACAGCUUCUACGUCCAGAUGUACGUCGUCGCCGGCAUCACCAUCACCUUCGUCCUCGCCGCCCUCACCAUCGUGAUCCGCCGCUUCAUCAAGCGGAGCGCCUGGCUGGUGCAGUUCUUCCCCACGUCGGCGGGCACCUACAUCAUCCCGAAUGCCGUCAUGAGCCUGUGCAGCUGCAUCUUCAUCUACACGGCCGUGUACAGCGCCUAUGUCUUCGUCAUCGUCCAGCACUACCAAUCCGACGCCUUCCCGAAGCGCUUCUUUCUGUGGCGACAGCUAGUCUGGUGGCCGCUGUGGCUGGGCGCUUGGCUCUGUGCCUGGGGUACGCUGAGUGCUUUCCCCGACGCUCUGCGCAUGCGUGGCAAGGGCGGCGUGCGCCGCAACUUCAUCCAGCCCGCGCUCUUCAACGUCAUCUGGAUGAGCGGGCCGGUCGUGUGCAUUGCCUCGCUGCUCGGGCCGACGAUCCUGGCGUCGAACCUGUACGACGCCCAGCUGCCGCGCCACGAGGCAUGGCGCGCCGCUGCAUUGUCGACCAACCCGCCGGCGCUGCCGCAGCUCGUGGCCGAGGCGCGAGACAUCUGGCUGAGCGUCACGCGGGCCUACUGGUACUACGCCUGGACGAUGGCCAUCUGGACGACGUGGGCCUGCAUCGUGGUGCUCGUCUUUGUGCCCAUUGGCGCACACACCAUCUGGCGCGUGCGCGCCCAGGUGCAGCUGGCACGCAAGCGCGACGAGGCGCUGCACUCCUUCCACUUCUUUCCCUCUGCCGAGCUUGACGGCCGCGACGACGCUGCGAGCGGCAUGCGGCCCGUGUUCUGCACCUCCGACGGCGAUGCCGGCGCAUACGGCACGGGCCGCAAGCACGCCGCCGCGCAGGGACCUCCUGAUGCAGGCAAGGAGGUCGGCGUGGCGACGCUCUACCCGCCGAUGAAGCAGCAGCGCACCCACCUGUCUGCUGGCACUGCAGCGAGCCGGCGCAAGGAGCUGCUGCAGCUGCUGUACCGCAACAUCGUCAUCCAGUACUUUGGCAUCAGCGCCGGCGCCGCGACGUUUGCCACCUCGGCGGGCAUCCUCGCCGGCGAGGCGUACCACAGCGCGCGCUACAACACCAUCGGGCGCAACCAGAUGAUCGCCAACCUCAUCGCCGGCUACGCGGCCGCCGUCUUCGGCUCGGCGGUCAUCGUCGCCGUGCUGUGGCGCAGCUUCGACUCGUCCCUCACGCUCUCGCCUGAGCCAGAGGAGCGCGCGGCGCCCGUCGAGCGGCCGCGGCCAUUGUUCGGCCUGCUUGGCGCGCACAAGGCCGAGUCGGAGAAGCAGUCACAGUCCGUCGGCGUGAGGAGCCAGCAGUCGGUGGCACGCUCUGUCGCCGCCUCGGCGCCGUUCCUGUCGCUCACCGGUGAGGAGGAGCAGAUCGCAACGCAGCGCAGCGGCGGCAUGCGGCGAGGCUCGGCCGCCACGUCGUCGGGCAGCUACCGCAGCUCAACCACGCACACGCACGAGCUCGCCGGAGGCAAGGCCAAGAGCAGCGACGCCGGCGAUGACUCCUCGCUCACAGCGAUGCCCAGUCCGGUGCGGACACGACGAGGCUCGGCCUCGCGCGCCAAGAUCCUGCGUGGCACGCGGUCGGGCAGCGAGCUGUCCGGCGCCGGUAAGGGCUCGCCGCGCAAGGCCACCACGGCGCCGUCAACGCCGACGAACCCCUCCAGCAUGCAGUUCGCCACGCCAUACGGCGUCAUCCGCGCCGAGCCGGCGGAGCGCUCACCGCCGAUGAUGAGCCCGCCGACGAUGUCCGCCUCGCCCGGCGGCGGCUCGUGGAAGAGCAGCCGGCAGCAGGUGCUCGACGCCACGCAGCACGCCAGCAUCCUGCCGCGCAGCCGCUACGGCGCCUGGCGCAGCCCGCCGGGCACCGAGGACAGCAGCAGCAACGCUCUGUAGCGCUCGGGCCCGGUACCGCUUGACGCCUCCUCAUGCUUUCCCUUGCUUUGCACCGCACCCCGUCCUCCGUACUUGUAUGCAACACGCACGCAGCCCGCACUUUGUAGCAAAAGAUGAUAUCCAUGUGAA